AUGAACGCCCUCGACGAUAAGCUGGACGAUCUCUUAUCAACAUCGAACGCGGCCAUGCCAUUCCCCCUCUCCUUCAGACGAGUACAAAGCGACGAAAUUUUCGAUGGUGUAACCAUUACUCUUGAAGCCAUACAAGAUGCAUCUUCUACCUUAGGUGUAUUUCCUUUCCUCGGUAUCAUUGCCACUGCAGCACUCGGCAUCGUGCGGACUCUCCAGAAAGUCAGUGAUGACAGAGAGCGCAGCAUUCGCUUGGCACAGCGUGCUGCAGAUCUAGUCCAGCAUGUCCAACAAGCUGUGAGCCAGGAUCCAGAGGCUAUAGGAGUGGUGCUUUCUGAGAAUUUGACAAGACUAUAUACAACGUUGGCAUCUAUACAGAGUAAUCUGGAAAAAGACCUCGAUCAACGGUCGCUCGUUCGCUUCCUCCGCAAUAGCAAAAUGUCCAAGAAGCUGGAUGGACAUAUCGAAGCUUUAGACAGAGCAUGGAAAGUCUUUGAUACGAUGAGCUUGAUCGCCAUCCAACAGACAUUAGAAAAUCAAGCACAUAGAUCGCGAAGAGCCUCCUCUACGCAUGAAAGGCCAGGUACUUUGGAUAGUUCUAGGGAAUGUGUGACGCCGCCUAUAUCGUCGUCCUCAAAUUCAGCCAUGCUGUCACAAAUUUCCUCGUCACUUUCUUCUCAUUUCACUUUCCUUGUGGUGUAA